AUGUCAAGUAGAAGUCACACAGACAAUGUCAUUGGAUAUGCGUGUGUGUCUUGUGUGUGCACAUUUCACUCGCACCGCUUUUUGUGUAUGUGCGUCUCAGAAAAUCUAACAAACACACAAGCAAUGCCAUACGACCAUAUGAUGCCCCCAACAUCGGCAACCAACACAAGAAGACCUGUGUGCAUCGGAAAUACAACCAAUUUCAAACACAAAAACGGAGCGGACACAGCACAUGCAUAUGGAGAAAGGGACCCAUUGAAAUGGAUGUUUUUCUAUUGGACAUCCAAUGCUGAGUGCAGGCCACGCAGGAGGAAGCACAGUCACCUCGCAGCGCAACGCGGACCACACCGCAACUCGAUGGAGUGUUACCACGGCGGCAGCAGCAGAGGCAAGCAGAAGCAGCGGACAGGGACAAGCAGCAGCAACAGUGUCAUCACCGGGAUUCGGAGGUGUGUCCUGCCUGCCGUCCGUCUCACUGCUUCGAUCCCUGCCACCGAGAGAAGUUUCUUGCGGUCUGUCGGGGCAUCCUGGCCGGAUCCACUUCUCCUCUGGCGACGGAUGCUUCUGAGGAGCAGCCGUGUCUACAUCCUUCGGUGGUGUGCCGCGGCCGGUCUCAAUGCUCUCCGCAACGGGGACGGAAGCCCCUGGCAAUCCUUGUUCAGUAUAUGCCGGUGA